CCUUUGAAGCACUUCCAGUUCUUCAGAGGAGUCCAUGGCAGAAACUUCUAAUCUGAAAGUACAGGUUGCAGUUCUCAACAUGGUUGCUGAAUUGUCCCGAAACGAAAGGAGUGCUUCAGCAUUGGAAGUUGUCCUCAAGAAGGUCAGUGGUCUUGUGGUAGGGAUAGCUUGUAGUGGCGUGGUUGGUCUUCGUGAUGCAUCCAUAAAUGCCCUUCAAGGCCUUGCAUCCGUCGACGCUGAUCUCAUUUGGCUUCUUCUAGCUGACGUUUACUACUCUAUGAAGAAAAAAGAUAUGCCUCCACCCCCCACGUCCGAUAUACCGGCAAUCUCCCAAAUUCUGCCCCCACCCUCGUCUCCGAAAGAGUAUCUUUACGUGCAGUAUGGAGGGAAGAGUUACGGUUUCGAUAUUGACUUCAGUUCUGUAGAAAUAGUUUUCAAGAAACUGCACUCUCUGGUUUUUAUUAACCAAAUGUACAGUUAGAAAAUUCACGUUAUCAUAGUUCAUGUACAAAUUUAACAUUCGUUGCCGGAAUUAAUCCCAAUUAACAAAGUAAAAACCUUUUUAUGCACGUA